UGUAUGCAUUCAGCAAAAUUAAAACGUUAUUGUCUUGCAAUACUCUGCAUGAAGAAAAUUCAUUGAAUCACACUAAUAUAAUCGAACACAUUGGACUGAUGCUUACAUCAGCAAUUGCACUACCGUUAUUACGAUUGCUGGACACGGCAAAUAAUUCCUCUGGCAACAUUUACAAUUUUUCAGAAAAAAAAAUUGUUUACCAGACUUUAUAAAAUAAAUUGCUCGAAUUCACGUGAUGGAAAUUGAAGAUAUUGAUGACUUACGAGAUUUUGUGACGAUUUACAAGAGAGAUUAUCUUGAAAAAAGAGGUAAAAGGACAACGAAGCACAAAUUAUUACCAAAAUAUUUGCCAUCCUCGAACAUCUUGAAUAGACCGUACAAACAAUAUCUGCAGACACGUUUGGAAAAUCGGUUACUACCUGAGAACGAACGAAGCGAAGAUCCAGUUGAUAAUUUAAACAGAAUACGAGACAAAUUUCCCCACUUAAGAAAUGCUCUACCAGAAAUCGUACCAGAUGAGAUCGUGAUAAAAAGCAACAAGGAAAAAUCAAUGAAGACUAUAUAUCAACAGGAUUAUUCGAAGGAAUUUCGAAAAGAUUAUCGUCGCAGGGAAAUAAUACUGCCGCAAAAUUGGAUUAUACCCGAAACAAUUCAAAGACGUGCAUAUCGAAAUCCAUGGAUAAUCGCAACGAAAGCAUUGAUAAAACCAUCAAAAAUUUUUAAAUCGCGCAAUAAUUUGGAUCCUAAUCCUAAAGAAAGAGAAAUCCUUCGAGUGACAACUGGACAUUCCGAAUAUAUUGGCACAAUCGGGAUUACAGGAGAAAACAUCAUGCUACGUAGCUUAUCAAGUAUGAGAGAUCACACAUAUGGAUUGCAAAACUCAUUGAACAGAUCUUAAAUAUGAAUUGAUAUGUUUAUAAAUAGCUAUGAAAACAAACUUAAAUCUCUUUAAGAAAAUAUUCCAAAUUAUUCUUAAAUUACAGUUUUAUAAUAUAUAUUUUAUAACAAGCGAGCUCAAGAUUUAUAUGAC